AUGUGUGGGGCAGAAAUUUUAGCCGGGUCGAGCUAUACACCAGAUUGUUGGUGUGAAAAACGUGGUGGAGCGCUAUUCUGCAGUCAAGCACCCAACGAAAACCAUAAUUAUCGUUUGUUGGUUACUGGCGAUCGACUUUACGAUUUGACUGGAAUACCGUUCACGGAUUAUAUCGUCAAUACGGCGAAUGAAUUUGAAUUGAGGUUUGUGUUUCAUUCGUUGAUUUGA